AAUGCCAUGGAAGGGUACAGAAUGACAUUGUAACAGUUCAUACCCCAUUCCAUUAUUCGUUUUAUUUAUUUAUAUAUUUUAUAGCAAGGGAAUUGAUAUCAUCUGUAGCUGAAUUGCAUGUCUUGCCAUGUUGAGAUCAGAGUAUAGAAUUUCUGCUUAUGUAAGAUGGCUAAUCCACUGCUGUUGCAAGAUAUUUAGUCACACUGACUCAGUUUAUUACAGUAAAUUUGCCAGUUGUCCCAUUGAGGUGACAUUUUCUCUGGUUAAAUAGUAAAAUGCAUGCAUGUUUGUAGUUACAGCAAUAGUGAGCAGCCAGGUCUGGCUCAUUGGCUGAAUACAACGUGCCAGCAGAUCAGAGCCUUGCACUCUGCUCAUAAGAGAGCCAAGCCAACAAAUGCUGGUGAGACAGAGACUGUGGAGGACUCUCCUCCUCCUGAGAGUUUCAGGCUGGACCACACACCAGUCACCCCUUAUUCAAGCUCCAUAAGGGAGAUGCUGAUGACAUUUGGGACCGCCACUUAUAAAGUUGGCCUUAAGGUGCACCCUAAUGAGCAGGACCCCCGUGUGCCUAUCAUGUGCUGGGGCAGCUGUUCUUACACCAUCCAGUCUAUAGGUCAGUCUGCACCCAUUUCUUACGGACUAAGAAUUCAUUCUCUGAUGAACUCCUGUUUCUCUGAGCUGGACUUCAACAUCCUCUCCGUCCCCCUCCUCAUGGAUCUGGUGGGUCUGACUCAGUCUGUCGCCAUGGCGACAGCAGAACGGGUGGACAUGGCUGACUCCGCCCAGCCGGUGAGCCCGAGCCAGGGUCCUGUUGCCGUGGUCAUCAGGCCACCACUCACACAGGGGAUGUUAAAUCACAUCGCCGACAAAACUGACUUCAAGGUGACAUGUUAA